CCACGCCCUUUAGUGUGCCUCGUACUUCCGUCGCGGACGCAUCCCUCGUGCAAUCAUCGUCGUCUUUGCGUCCUCCUCUCUCCCUCACUCUGCUCCUUCUCUCUCUCUCUUUCUCUCUCUAUCUUCGCUUCACUUACUCACUUACUCUUUAUUACCCCCACUCCACAAUUCGCUUACUCUGUUUCUCUCUAGCUUUCUCCUCCCCCCCACUCUCUAACUCCCCCUCUCUCGUUCUCUAUCUUUCUCUUCUGUUUCUUUCUUACUUAUUCGCUCACUUACUCUUUCUCACGCAUCUACACGUACGCGGGUACAUUAUAUAACAUACACGCGGUCUGUCCUCUCUUGAUCCGUGUGCCUGCUUGUUGUGUUGUCUAUCUCCCUCGGGUUUAGGUUCGGGUUCGAGCGAAUCAAAAUAACGAAGCUGUAUGCGAUGAUGAUCGGCGGCAACGAAAUAUAAGAGAAAAGAAAUAUGUAUAUACGAGAGAGGAAAGGGUGGUGGUAAACUCGCUAAAACAUCGGAUCUUCUGGUGCUCGCAAUUAUAUCAGAAUAUAGUCGUACCGAUGCACGCGAGAUUCCUCGUCCCGCCUCUUUCCACACCGAUGCUGGAUAUCAGUGAUUUAAAUUAUGUGUGAAUCGUCCGGUUUGUGGAUUUUUCGGUCUCGCCCUCGAAUUUCUUGUUGAAUAUCGCGCGUUUCGGCAGUUUUCAUUACGUCGGUUAAUCGGUAGGAAACCUCAAACGCGAAAAUAUGUAACACGAUGAACACAGAGAAAGAACAAAAUCAAAAGUGUGUUGUAUGGUUAAGGAACCGAUGAAUUUUGUUCAAGUGGCUGACUGUUAUGUGUAAACACGGCGAACAAGUAAUCGUUCGUUGUAUUCCGCGAAACACCGACUGAAGUACCACCUUCGACUGUGAUAUAUCGUGACUGUGAAAUACCCGGUUGAAGAAUGCAACCUCAGGCGGGUUUCGAUCGAUGAAAAGUAGAAUUCUCUGCCGGCUAUUAUGUUCACGAGGUUCAAGAUGCCGGUGACUGGCGAUGGGGCUUUCAUUAACCGCGGUGCGCUCCCUGAGGAGGAUUCGUCGGUGUAACAGGAAAUGUGACAUGCUGUCGUUAACCAACUAUGAACUCCAGAAAGCACGCAUCAGCGAAAAGACGUAACGAAUAAAUAUAGAAAGAUGAAUUGUUUGUUAAGAAGAAAUUAUCAUAGUAGAGGAAGGAACGUUUCAUUUCAUAAAUUAGUAGCAGAACAAAGUGCAUCUUCAUCGAAGUAUGAUUAACGAUAAAUAGGAAAAUGAACCGUUCUAUUCAGAAAAUUGGUGUCGUCCUCGUCCUCUAUGGUCGUCUGUUCGUUUAAGUCAGGGUCGUCAUAAGUAUUCAAAAUGAUUUCCCUCCGUUUGGCUGCACAUUGCGGCGUGUCUGACUAUGCUUGCUUGCACAUCCCAGGGCAUAUUGACAUCGAAGGUGGCUACGGCAGCCUGGAUACUGGUGACGCGCCAUCAACGAGACCGCUGAAGAGGGUAUGCAGUUGACGCAUCCCUCGGUCCCCUAAAUCCUGGAAUAAAUCGUCCAGAAGUUAAAGGAAUUGUCUCAUCAGCGCGCGUGCGUACGUGCGUGCGUGUGUGCGCCAGUUGUGUUCGCUGGUUGCAUGCGAAGAGGGCGGGGAAGAGCCUGUAAAGAGUACGGACUUCGAAGAGAGAUGUUCCGACCGGACACGUGACAUGUGAGCCGUAUAACGAGCAGAGAACAAAAAUAUUUCCAGACAUACGCAGGGAUAGAAACGAUAGAGCACGCGCAAGAGAGAGAGAGAGAGAGAGAGAAGGAGAACGGGAGGAAGAAAGGGGGAGGGAGAGGGAGGAAGCAGGACAAAAGGAGGAGGGAGAAGGAAAAUAGAAAAGGAAGUACUUUUUCGCUGGAAAAGAAGCCAACUCGAAGAGCAAAUGAGAAAACGAAGCCUGAAGGGUAUUGCUUCUACGAGAACCGAAAUACGUUUAAAACACGAGCACAAAAAGAGGAGGAGGAUGAGUUAAAAGCUCGAGAACGAGCCUGACAGGGAGGGACAGCCUCAAAAGAAUUCUAAACUGAUAAAACUAGCUGGUAAAAAAAAAAAAAAAAUAAGGAAAUUUUAUAUGUAAAAUAAAUUGCUUUAAGUAGGAGAACAAAGGAUUUAAAUUAAAAAUUAAGAUAAAAAAAAGCGCAAAAGAAGAAAAAGACAAGAUACGUUAUUAGAGAGAGAGAGAGGGAGAGAGAGAGAGAGAGAGAGAGGUAAGUAAUUUUAAGGAAGAAGAAAGUUACAAAAAUCACAAAGAACACACAAUUUCAUAUAAUAAGAACAAUAAAUGUAAGCCGAAAAAAAUCGGCAAGAAAUAAAAAAAGGGGCAAAUUUGUACUUAAAAAGUAGGAAUAUAACGUAGAAAAGAAACAUACUUAAACGAAGAGAGGAGAAUAGACAAAGGGAUUAAGAAGAAGAGGAGAUUUAUUUAAGAAAAUAAUUAAAAAAUAACAUAAAGGAUUCUCGAGAAUUACCAGAACGCACAAAAAGUAUUUUUCGGCAAUAGCGAAACUCUUCAGACAUGAAUGUGACUUCAGAGGUAGAAAUUUUUGGGAACGAGAGCUACAACGUGAGUAAUGGUCUCGAUUGCGGCGGUGAACUGCACUCGUACAGGAUAUGGGAACGCGUACUGAUCGUGAUAAUCGCCGUAUUCCUCAGUCUGACCACUGUCGUCGGUAACAUAAUGGUGAUGAUAUCGUUCAAGAUCGACAAACAACUGCAGACGAUCUCAAACUACUUCUUGUUCAGCCUAGCGGUAGCUGAUUUCGCGAUCGGUCUAAUUUCCAUGCCUCUCUUCACGCUUUACACCGUGCUCGGCUACUGGCCGUUGGGACCGCAUAUUUGCGACACGUGGCUGGCGCUGGAUUACUUGGCGAGUAACGCGUCGGUUUUGAACCUCCUUAUAAUCAGCUUCGACAGAUAUUUCUCUGUUACGAGGCCUCUUACGUAUCGCGCCAAGAGAACUACUUCGAAGGCAGCCAUUAUGAUCGCAUGUGCAUGGGGAAUUUCGCUGCUUCUAUGGCCACCGUGGAUUUACGCUUGGCCUUACAUCGAAGGCCAACGAACGGUACCCAUAAACGCCUGCUACAUUCAAUUCAUCGAGACAAAUCAUUACAUUACAUUUGGUACCGCGAUUGCUGCAUUCUACAUGCCUGUCACUGUGAUGAUUAUUCUUUACUGGCGGAUAUGGAAGGAGACCAAGAAACGACAGAAAGAUCUUCCCUAUUUACAAGCUGGAAAACAGGAUGCUAGUAAAAGGAGUAAUUCUAGCGAUGAAGCGUUGGAUAUGGAGGACUGUAGAAGGCCUAGAAGCGAAUCAAGCACAGGAGCUGACGACAUGAAUGCGACACAUAUCGCGGUCUCUUAUCUAGAGAAACAUUAUCCUCAAUAUAAAACAAAACACAGACCAUUUUCGUGGAUGUGGCUGAAGAUGUGGUGUGUCGCGUGGUGGCACAGUGGUCGCGAGGAUGAUGAUGAAGAGGAGGACAUAGAAGGCGCUGAGAGCAGUCGCACAGGACACGGCUAUGACGAAGCCAUAACGCCGUUAUCAGCGGAAACCCCUCUUACUGGUACGGUCUCUCGAUCUGCCUCUCUAAGUGGGAUUCAUCCUACCACGUUAACCGUUGAGAAACCCAUCAGUACAGCUGAUAACCACGAUUACAAAAAAUCUAAGAGAACCGAUGAGCUGUCGACGAGAAGCAACUCUAACGAUUCUAUAUACACGAUUAUAAUCCGGCUUCCGAGAGCUAUCGACAGUACAGGGAAAUACACGGAGGCCGCAAGCAUAAAAAUGUACCACGAGGAGACGGUGAGCCCCUCGUUGAGCACUAGGAGACCGUCUCACAUGCCCGACAUAAGGAUUCCCCUGAAUACGAAAAACAUUCCGAAAGCGUUGGGGGGCAAACCGGCUGCGAGCAAACCCGCGAACAAGAAGAAGAAAAAGAUACAAGAGAAGAAAGCCGAUCGAAAGGCCGCGAAAACAUUGUCGGCCAUCUUGCUGGCGUUCAUCAUCACCUGGACACCGUACAAUAUUCUCGUUCUAAUUAAAUCCAUCACAGCCUGCUCCUGGUACAUACCACAGGUGCUAUGGGACUUUUUCUAUUACCUUUGUUAUAUCAACAGUACUGUGAACCCAAUGUGUUACGCCUUGUGCAACGCGGCAUUUCGACGAACAUAUGUGAGGAUUCUCAAGUGCAAGUGGCAUAAUAGGAACAGAGCCGCGAUGGACAGAGGAUGAUAUCAGUAGAAACGCCCAGCGUGCGACGUUUGCACGCUCGAGGGCGUACUAUUUUCUCUAUCAUUUUCUCUCUUCUCCUUUUUAAUCAUUCCUCCGAACGUGCUUGCCGAUGAUAAGGAAACUGAGUUGCUUACGAAUUUUAUGGUAGCCUACUGUCAGUAGGCUACUAAACGUGCCGAAUAUUUUUAUUAUACAGUACGUAUUUCACUUUUGCUAAUCGAAAGGACGGUCAACAAAUGAUAUUAUUUGUUACAACUGUUAUAUUUUGUUAAAAAAUCUCUUUCCAAUCUUUUUAAUCAUACGAGUAGCAAAUCGCUUUUUAAUUUUGUUUUUUAUAGGCAAGUAACAAGGUUCGUAAAGGGACAACGUUUCUCGAGAUAAGUAAACUAUCGAAGAAGAUAAACUGGUUCGUAAAAUAACGUUUGUACAAACCGAAAGACAGUUUAAGCAAGUUGAGGACAUUCCACUCGGAGAUUUCGUUUCAUAAUUUAGGUGUUAGAUUAGGGGAAACACAGGGUGUUUACAACUCGAUUUGAUAAAUUUAAUAAGACACAUUUUGUAUACAAUAUUUUACAUGUAUAAUAUCACUAACUUUGGUUUCUCAAUUGACAAUUAUGUUUCAUACAUUUCAGAUAAAGAUGAUUGACAUAGAAAUUUUGAUAUUUAAAAGAAAAGAGGAUAUGUAAUUUUCAAUCAUAAUAUAUCAUUAAAAUGGUAAUAAUUAGCAAGAGAUUGAAAUAAUUUAUUAGUGGGAGAGGGGGAAAGAUGUUUUUUAUUUUAGAUUGUCGGAAAUCGGAAGAAUUUUAAAUGUUCGCGGUUAGACAGCUCAGAUUUCCGCAUUUGAGGCAAUGCAACGUGAAUACUGCCAUAAAAAAUAAUCUUUAUAAAUAUAUUUCUGAACCGUACAAAGGAAAAACAAAAGAGGGUUAGAUAACCGGCACGUACGCGACAGUGCCAAAAUUUGUGGCUCGAUUUCAGCGGCGAUAGAACCGAUGACUUGCCGCGAAUCGAGUUCUUUUCUAUAGUUUGUGAAACAAAAUCAGUUUCUAUAAACAAACGUUACAAAUUGAAUCAAUGUUUCUGAGAAUACUUUAUUUAAAGGUGGAUAGAUUCAAGAAAAAAUUAUCAUUCAGUGAACCCAAUCUGAAAAUAUUAAUUUAUUAUUAUUUAUUAUUAAUAGUUUUUCGAAAUUUAUUAAAAGACUGUUUAAUACUUUAGUUUUGAAAUUUUUGAUAGAAAUGAAAAUGUUUGUUUAAUGAAAAGUAACGUUUAAGAAACUGACAAAAUUUCAUAAGCCUCCUACACACACACAAAGCUAUACCGCACAAGAAAAAAAAAACGAAAUCUAUUCGAAUCCUAAGGAAAAAAAGUUAAUAAACAAGCAUUUUCUCGUGCGUUUUAUUCGAGGAACACGUAACGCACUCGAUGUACAUUUUAAAUAGUAGUCCAGUUGUAAAUGAGUGUUUUAAGUGUAAUUAGUCAUGGAGAACCAAAACAAGCGCUAUUAUACAUAGAGAGUGUGUCACAACUAUAAUGGCAACAAAGUGGUAUAAAAAAAAUAUAAGAAGCGCUGCAUCGAUUCUUUCGUGUUAAGAGAAAAACGUUCUAACACUUUCGUAUUAAAUAACAUUCUAAUCACACGUGCCAAACGAAGCUUUAAGAUAUCAAUAGUAUAGGCCGGUAAUUUAAUAAAUGUAUCCUUUCAAAGGUAUACUUGUACUAAAUAUAUAAAUAAGGACUUAAGGAUUUGCUAUCAUUUUUUUAUUACGAACGUUUACUACAAAAAUUUUUAUUAUGUAUUUUUUUCUACGAAAGAACAUUACGUGAUUUUUUGUCAGUUGCAUACAGUACUUCUCGGAUAAAUGGGUACGAUAAGUUUCCUCUAUGGUAUUAAAUCAUAGUGACAUCACUAGUUACCUAAAUAAUUGAAAUACUACUGAUAGUACUACUCUAACUGUAAUAUGUAAUAUGCACAAUAAAAUUGAGAAAUUUUCUGUAUGAUGUAACUGUAUAACGACAUUGAGAGAAUUCAAUACUUGCAUAUUUUUCACUAAUUAUGCAAAUGAAUUCAGAAAGCAGAAAUUUUAGACGCGUCUCUUUUUUGUAUAUUAUUUAAAAUAAAAUUGUAAGCAUUUAAAAAUUUAAAAAACCGGACGUUUUCGACCACGUAUUGAAUGUAUUCUAAGUAUGAAGUCACAAGUCUGUAACAGCGCUACACAUGUUUUUAAUUCACUAUUUGCUAUAUGUAUAAUUCUGAUACCAGCGCGUACAUACAAGAGCAUAUAUACGACUGUGCAUCAAAAAGACAGAAUCGUGACAUCACAAAGAUAGCAGCUAAGGUGGCUCGUGUUUCUACAGCAUUAAAAUAUGAGCGAAGUUUUAAUUCAAUUAUUUUGAUUAAUAAGUAAAUAUGCAUAAGGAAAAUAUAAACUAACUGUUUCUAGUAAACCAAAUUUUUAAUUUCAGUAAUCUUUUUAAUUAAGAUAAAUUCAGCAACCGAGUAGAGACAAAGUGGAGUUGAGCUUGGCUUCUGAGAAGCUCAUAUAUUGUACACAUAUAAAUGAAGUAUAAGUGUCCGGAAAAAUUAAAAAUUUAUGUUCAUAUAGUAAUGAGUAUAUCACUCCUCUGAAAUUAUUUAAUUUGAUAUGAUAUGAUGGAAAAUAGUGGAAAUAAGACACAGAACUUUAACCAAGGAAAAUGUGGACAUUUAUCCGGGAACUAUUGUAACUUUGUCAUCCUACAUGAAAUUUGAUAAAAAAAAGAGUAACAUCUUAUUCGUUUUACAGAAGUUUUCUUGAUAGAUCGGCUUUUCGAAUAAUCUACAUCUUGUGAAAUAAAUUUAUAAUUUCUAGUCCGAUACAGUAAAAUUAUUUUCAAUGUUUUCUUAAAUGUGUAAUAAAUAAAUCAAAUUUUCAAAACUAAAUUAAUAUGAUUGCAGCAAUUCAACAAUAAACUAUUUACAUUAUUGAUGUAAUACUAAUAAUAAUGUUGGAUGUUUGAAUAUAGUUAUUAUAAAAGUUCAUUAUUUAUGUAAUCCUGAAUUAUAAUUGAAUUCUGCUUAGGAACAUAAGUACAAAAUAAUUCAUUUGUAAUGGCUCUUUGUCGAGAUAUUCUGUGAUUUUUAUUGCGUUACCUUUUUAUACAUAUUUUAUAUUAAUAUUUAUUUAUAUGUAUGUAUAUGUAUAUACAAUUUUUCGCUGUUUUAGCAAAUAAUUCCUUUUUUGCAAAAUAUUGUUAUGUUAAUUUAUUCAUCAUACUUAGCAUUUCUGUGUGUAUCCAUUUAAAAUAGAAUUUUAAUAAUCAUCAUUCAUUUCUAUGUGGUUACUUUUUACGAUUAAUUACUUUACACUGUUGUAACGACAUAAUAAAAUAUAAUUCAUUUGAAUGUGAAAUAUUACUAACAAUAUAGGAUGUUUCAAAACUACAAGUUAAUCAAGCAGAGAAUUUAAUCGAGAAAAAGGAAGAUGAAUGAAGUACGUUUCACUUAAUGAUCUAUGUUCAAUUUUAUUUUAUUGUUUGAUAAAGAAAAUUUAUAUGUGCAAAUUUCUGGCGCCUAUGGAUGAGUUACCAAUAUUACAUAAGAUCUUCUUUCAUCUCUAUGAAAUUUUAUUUCAAUAAACUUCUAAAUGCAACAAAAUUCAAUACAAUUUUUACCAACAA